AUGUGCAACACUGCAGGAUCGGCGCUGCCUGCUGGUGGCGCAGGAUUGUACUCCGUUUGGCUGGGUCGGGACCCAGCGAAGGACCCAGCGAAGGACCCAAUCGAAGAGGCGGGAAUCAAGGGCAGCCCAAGAGAACCUGGGAUUCCGAUCGGGCUCUGUAAGGACGCGAACAAUUUAAAGAAAAUGGUGGUUAUUACAUCCCUGUGGUUGGUGCGUGAGCAUAGCUGGCAGUCGGUGGAGCGUGGUAUUCGAGGGUCAGCGGACCCGGUGGGUGCGAUGUUCGAGCGGGUAUAG